AUGUCAAAGGGAUCAAAGGAAACUACUUUGCCAUCUACAACAAACCCAACGAAUCUAACCGAAGUAGCUUCGACAAAGCUGAACGAUAGCCACAAUGAUUCGGAUAGUUGUAAGUCUUUCUUCCAUGAGCGUAUUUUACAUUAAAAUCAAGCAUUUAAAUUUUUUAAAUUUUUCAAAAUUCGAAAAAAUAAUAUUUUUGACUUUCUUUCUCUAUAUACGAUUAUAUUUGUCUAUUCUGACUUGUGUUCUGCUUGAAUUUAUGAUAUUUAAGACCCUUAUUACUUCUAUGAUUCUAUUAAUAACUAGACUAAUCUGAUUAAUUUUAUGUUAUAAAACUUUAAAAUUAAAAUUUUUGUUUUAGUUCUUCAAUCAAUCGAGAAAGGAAAAACCUUGACAUGGAACAAGAUCACAGUCAAAGUGCCUGAUUUGAAUCCGGAUAAAGGUGGAUUCUUCAGUCGAUGCAAGAAAAAGAACGACGAUUUACAACAUAGGACGGUUUUGAAGGAUGGUAAGGAGUUUAGUUAUCAUUGGUUUGGUUUUUAGGUAACAAAUCGUGAACUUUGGUGGAAGCCUGGUUAACCAGCUGGUGUGUGUGUAAAAUACUUUAUUUUAGUCAUCUAGAGUAAUAUUUAGGUAUGAAAUUUGGUUUUUGAGGUAAUUUUAGGUAUUAAAAGUCGUUUUUAUGUUACAAUUUAGAUUUUUAGGUAACAAAACAGCUUUAUUUAAUAUCAUAGUAACAGUUAGCUUAUGGGUCCUCUUUCUACCUAUUUAAAGUCUAAACAGCAACAUUUGCUAUCAAUCCUCUCAAACAUCUAAACCUUAUUUUAGUCUACGGAGUAGCCAAAGCUGGAGAAAUGGUAGCCAUAAUGGGCGGUAGUGGAGCAGGAAAGACCACGCUAAUGAAUCAGUUUGUCAAUAUCGACCAAAAAGACAUUCAGCGAACAGGGGACAUUCGAGUUAAUGGUCAAAUAUUGUCUGUGAGUCAAAUGAGACGGAUCACAGCUUAUGUACAACAACAUGAUGUGUUUGUGGGCAGUCUGACAGUCAGGGAGCAGCUAAUGUUUUCGGCUAGAUUGAGAAUGGGUAGAAAGAAGACGGCCAAGGAUAGGAAGGAGACUGUGGAGAGGUUGAUACAUGAUGUAGGUAUAGAAAAAUGAUUCAAUCUUGAAUUUUUUCAUUUUUAGGUAAUAAAAGCUAUGAAAUGAUGAAAAUUAUUGAGCUUUAGUUCAUUAUGGGCAUUUUUAAUUAUUUUUUAAUCUUUUAACUUCAUCAUCUUUCAGCUGAAUCUUCUGGACUGUCAAAAUACGAUUAUUGGUGUGCCAAACCAAGUUAAAGGUAUCUCAGUUGGUGAAAAGAAAAGAUUGGCAUUUGCGUGUGAACUUCUGAAUGAUCCUGCUAUUUUGUUUUGUGAUGAACCCACUUCAGGACUUGAUUCUUUCAUGUCAGAACAAGUAAUAUCGUCUUUGAGGAAGUUCACUUCGACUACUCAUAAAACUGUCGUACUCACUAUCCAUCAACCUUCAGAUGAAGUGUUCAAGUUGUUUGAUAAGUAAGGUUUUACGUUUAUCUUUAUCUAGCGAGUAUAACAAUACUUUAAAGCUUUUUCAACUUUUUAAAUUCAGAGUAUGUUUCAUGGCAAUGGGUCAAGUGGCCUUCUUCGGAGACCCAAGUCAGGUGUGCCGAUUCUGGCAGCAGAUCGCCCCAGGCUAUGAAAAGUUGAAACUGGAGAAGAAGUUAAAAGCCAGUAUUGGAGAUUUGGUAAAAGGCGAAGAAGAAUUGGUCUGUCCCGACUUUCAUGGCCCAGCCGAACAUUCGAUUCGAAUGUUAUCCAAAUUGAGUGAUGACGAACAGUUGAACAAGGCUAGGGUUACGGUAAGGUUUUAGGCUUUGAAACUAGAGUUUUGGAUGGCAAGGUAGGGUUACUACUAGGAUUUUUGGGUAUUGAGGAACGCUAGAGUAAACGUUUGUUUGUCGGGUAUUAAUUUAUUAUUUGGUAUAUGGUAUAGGUACUAUUGAAAGGAUACUAUAGCUUUAUGUUGGUUUAGCACAAAAGUUAGGUGAAAAUUUAUUUCUUUUUUCUUUAUAUUGAGCUUUCAGUACAUUAGAGAAUGUUUUGAGAGUACUCGUACUGGAAAAAAGCUGAAGAAACAAGCAAACGAAGCGGCCGAAAUUGAAAUCAGCAAGCAUCAAGAUAUUGCUGAUGGUAAAAGGUAAUUUUGCUUAAAGGUGUUUCAAUUUAAUUUGUUUUUUUUUAAUUUUUAAAUAUUUUUUUAAAAUUUUUAUUCAAAUUUUUAUCUUUAUUACCAAAAAUUUAAGUUAUGCAUCCAGCUGGCUGACUCAAGUCACGGUCCUCUUCCAACGUUCCUUCCUCACCACCUUAAGAGACCCUCUACUCCUAAAAGUACGGUGUUUUCAAGUGUUCGCCACAGCCAUUGUUAUUGGCAUAGUAAACUGGCAAACCCAGAUCACCGGCCCCACAGUGAUGAACAUUGAAGGUAUACUGUACAAUUGUCCCAGAGAUAUGAACUUUAUGUUUCUGGUACCUUCGAUUCAUGUGAUCACAAGCGAAUUGCCCAUCAUGCGAAGAGAACAUCGUGGCGGAAUCUACAGUGUUAGUUCGUAUUACGUGGCCAAAAGUCUGGCCGAGACUCCACAAUAUACAAUUUUACCGUUGGCGUAUUCGGCUAUUGUCUACUGGAUGAGUGGACUGGCGGCCGAUGCAAUCAAGUUUACACUGUUCUCGGUUAUGAAUGUGCUGUUGUCUUGGGUGGCGAUUUCUUUGGGUAAUCGUGCUUUUCUGAUUAUAUUGACUGUUUAGUGUAGUGGUAAAGUCUUGUCGUCAGUUUGCAAAGGUUUUCAAGUCUCAAAGCGACAAGACUUUUAUGGAGCCUUAGUGAAAUACCUAGCCAUUUAAUGUUAAGAUGUUCAUUCUUAACUAUGGGUGUGGCUAAAGACAUUAUAGUUGAAGACAUUAUGAUUACAGUAUGUAAUACCAUCUACAUAUGAUCUUACUUUAGCAUAUGCCAUAGCUUGUGUAUUUGGAGUAGAAGACCUUGCCCAAACAUCAUUUCCAAUUAUUGUGCUGCCAAUGCUGAUGUUUGGAGGCUUCUACAUUAACUUCAAUGCUAUUCCAAUCUACUUUCAAUGGAUAUCACAUGUAUCUUGGUUUAGGUACGGCUUCGAAGGUCUUCAGAUCAUUCAAUGGAAGGAUUUUGGGGAAAUUGGAGGUAUGUUUGUGAUUAACAUGGACAAUUUUACCUUGAGAACUUCUUGUUGACGUAGUCACAGUCAUGUUGCACUAUGAUGUGAUAUUUUAUUAAGUUGUUUACUUAAUUCUGCGCCCUUUGUGAAAGCAAAUUUGCGAUAAGGGGGCGCAGAAUUAUGUUAACAACCUAAUUUAUCAUUAUGAUAUUACAUGUUUUUAUAUGUUAAGUGCUACUGUUCCAGACUGUGAACAUAGAAACGACACUGGAGGAGGAGUGUCUGGCGAUGACUAUUGUCCAGCCAAGAAUGGAGUAGACCUGUUACAUCGCCGUGACAUGAACGAAAACAAUAUUUACUUGUGCUUUGGAGUCGUAGCUCUGGUCAUGAUUGUGGGAAGAACGGUGGGACUCAUCGCUUUGCAGCUACGCAUGAAAUACGCUAAAUAA